CAUCGAAACCGAAGCUAGUCAGGGAGCAAUCGAGGCAAAGCAAUGGAUAGAGGACUAUUUUUUAGAAAAAUUUUACGAUGGGAAAUAUAACCAAUUUUAAGUGUGUUCCUCCAGACCUCGGUGAAGACCAAAUGCGGCCCGUGGAGCAAAAUGAGUUUUCCACCCCUGCUGUAGAGGCUGGAUGAUACUCUGUACAGUAGGCUUGACAUGGUGAUCUGACUUAGCAGUGGGAUUUGAAUGAUACCGAUGUUUAUAAUCCUUCAACAUAAACAAAAGAUCUGCUCUAUUAGAAUCUAGAAUUCAACGCAUCCUCUGUAUAGAGGUAAUUUCACUGUAAGAUCUACUCCCCUUUAAUUUGGUGCAUGUGACAAAUAAAAUUUGAUUUGAAGUAUGAUGAGCUCUAAAAAGGGAUAGUUGUUACGUACCUCCUAAAGGAGGGAGGUGCAGGAAUCAGGAGCAGGAGAGCAAGGAAGUCCCAGUGGCACAAUUGUUUAUUGAGCAGUCCCAACCCAACUACAACAUGGGACUGAAACACGCCCAAACGAGGUUAACACACACACAGGGAAAUAAAGGCUACACACAGAGGAGAAACCUCUACUCCUAAACUCAUACCAACCGGCACAACUGCAGUGAGAAAAGAAACCCCUGUUUUGCAGACACGCACCCCUAACAACGUAACCACAGAAAACAAUCCCGCACAAAGACUAGCAGGCAGCAGAGGUAAAUAUACCCACCGAAAUCAACUAAUAAGACACAGGUGUAAACAAUAAGACAGACAAACGAAAAAUGGAUCAGUGGCAGCUAAUAGGCCGGCGAUGACAACCGCCGAGCACCGCCCGAACAGGAAGAGGAGCCACCUUCGGUGGAAGUUGUGACACUAGUUAAUUACAGAUUCAUUGCAUUGCCAUUCAUUCUUGUUGUUGAAGAUAGAAGUUUCUUUGUUUGUCUGUAAGCUGUAGAGUGCUAGGCCUAUGGUCUCUGUAUUGAUCCACACCAUAUCGCUCAGAGUCAGCACCUCAUAAAACCAUUGUCAGGGUUCCCGUCUGUCCGAGUGUUCAUAGAGUCUGUCUCCUCACCUCCAGGGAGCGGAACUGGCUCAUCCCUAUCUGUUUUCCCCAUUAUACGUCAGCUUUAUACGGAGCAGAACGCAGAUCCACUUCUCCCAAGAUGACACAACAGCAGACAGACUCGCUGUCCUCUCUCCUACUGAGCUUAAAGCUUCCUGUCUGUAGGCAGGGGUAUUAGGAGAUUAAUCACAGGGCUACUUUGCAUUGUUUUCCAUCAACACUUGCAUUGUUUUCCAUAGCGCUGUGUCUAUGGAGACCGCUUUAAGUAAUGUAAGAAGUGUCUGAAUCACUUGUGUACACAGGCUUUUGUAGUAGCCUGUGUGUAGGAGCCAUUUCUCUUGAAACACAUUGCCUGUUAGUGAACACAGGAAAGGGGGGAAACAAAUUAAGGAGGAGUGCAAAGAACGCCCUCAUCUGACCAGGGUCCCUCCUACUUCCUCACAGUCUAAACCAGAGCCCCACAGAUCUCUGCCUAACUGCCUAUGGGUGAGUUGACGUCACCAGCUAAAAGUCCGGUGCUACACACACAGCAUUUAUUCACCUUUCAUUGUCCUGAUGACAUGCUUGGAAUGUGAUGGUACAGUUCUUGUGGAGAAAUGCCAACUCUGAACUUGGAGUGGAUCCUGUACUAUGGCAAACAUGUUAGACAUGGACUCUCCUGUAGUUCAUCUAGAAUAGUGGAUUGAAGAGGUUGCUGGAGAAUGAGAAAGCCUACCAGGUCCGUAAAGAGAAGGAGAACACCAAGCGUCUGGAGAAGGUGAGGGAGGAGCUGGUCAAACUGAAGUCCUUUGCCCUGAUGCUGGUGGACGAGCGGCAACUCCACCUGGAGCAGAUGGACCAGCAGAGCCAGAGGGUCCAGGAGCUGACCCAGCAGCUGUCCCAGAGGGAGCAGGACCUGAGCAACGCCAGUGCCCGGGCCCAGGAGGACAGACUGAGGGCCCUGAGCUUGGAGGGCGAGCUGAGUGAGUGCCAGGCCAAGUUUACCCAGGAGCAGGAAGAGAUUACAGCCAAGCUGGCCAGCCAGGAGUCCCAGAACCGCCAGUUGGAUGUCAAGCUGUCUGGACUCACCCACACGCUGGAGGAGCUGGAGGAGAGCAACAGGGCUCUGAGGAGAUCAGAGGAGGAGCGCAAUGGGGCUCUGAAGAGGUCAGAAGACAUGCUGGAGGAGAUCAACGGGGCUCUGAGGAGGUCAAAGGAGGAGCUGGAGGAGAGCAAAUGGGCUCUGGGGAAGUCAAAGGAGGAGUUGGAGGAGAGCAACGGUGCUCUGAGGACGUCAAAGGAGGAGCUGGACGAGCUGAGGGACAAGAUCAGCAAAGGGGAUUAUGGGAACUCUAACCUAAUGACUGAACUGGAGAACCUCCGCAAACGGGUAUUUGAGAUGGAAGGGCAGGACGAGGAGAUCACCAAGGCAGAGGCCCAGUGCAGGGAGCUGAGGAAGAGGUUGCAGGAGGAAGAGAGCCGAGGGAAAGAACUCAAACUGCAAGUGGAGAAGCUCCAGAAGAGAAUGGUGGAACUGGAGAGACUAGAGGGGGCGUUCAAUGCCAGCAAGGCGGAGUGCUUCCAGUUACACGCCACUCUGGAGAGAGAGAAGGACAUGUCAAAGGAGCUUGCCGAAGAACUGGUGGCCGUUAAGAUACGCAUGAAAGAGAUGGAAUCCUCUGAGCUGAGACUGGAAAAGACUGAGCAGGGCCUUAAAGAUGACCUGGCAACGCUGAAAUCAUUCACUAUGGUAAUGGUUGAUGAGAAAAAUAAUAUGAUGGAGAGAAUGCUGUUAGAGGAGAAGAAGAGGGAUGAUCUGAGUGAGAUGUUCAAAGUGGAGCAGGUCAAGGUCAUGGAGGUGACUGAGAGAUUGAUAGAGGAGAGUAAAAAGCUCCUGAAGUUGAAAUCAGAGAUGGAGGCCAAGGUCGGGACCCUCACCAGAGAGAAAGGAGAGCUUAGCACUAAGCUCACAUGUGAAAUGGAAAAGAGCAAGGAUCUGAGCUCCAAAGUCAGCCAAAUGAACAAGAGGUCAGAUGGAUUGCAGGAGGCAGAAAAUAUAUCCACAAAUAACAUAGCAAAGAGGGAACUGGGAAGCUUGUCAGAUGGGUGUUCGAAAGAGGACAACAGGGUGAAGGAGCUAACGUUUGAAAUAGAGCGGUUGAAAAAACGUCUCAAGCAGCUGGAGGUUGUGGAGGGCGAUUUGAUAAAGACAGAGGAUCAGUAUGACCUGCUGGAGAAAAAGUUAAUGACGGAGCAAGACAAGGCCAAAAUUCUCUCCCAGCAGGUGGAGGAGAUGAGGAGUCAGAUCGCCAGGACUAAAGCAAUAGAGAAUGGAGAGGUGGAGAGCCAGGAGGCAGACCUACGACAGCGCUGCAGGACAGAGAACGCCAACACCAGAGACUUGCAGAAUGACAUGAUAGCCCUCAAGGAGAAGAUCCAUGAGCUGAUGCACAAAGAAGACCAGCUCUCUCAACUCCAAGUGGACUACUCCUUCCUCCAGCAGAGGUUCCUAGAGGAAGAGGAGAAGAAGAACAACAUGAGCAUUGAGGUCCUCCACCUCACCAAAGAGCUGGAGGUGACCAAGCGCCACAGCCGCGCUCUACGACCCAGUCUGAACGGGAGGAGGAUGGUGGACAUUGCCAUGGCGUCCACAGGAGUUCAGACUGAUGCGCUGGCCAAUGAGACGGCAGAAGAGGACACCCCAGCCGUGUUCAUCAGGAAGUCCGUCCAGGAAGAGAAUCACAUCAUGAGUAAUCUUCGACAGAAGGGUCUCAAGAAACCCACAGAGAAAGCUGGUGGUCAUGAACGCUACUCACCCUCUGUUGCCGCUGACCUCAGCAUGAAGAAGUCCUGGAUUCCCUGGAUGAGGAAGAGGGAAAUCAUCCCUCAGGGUGGUAAUCUGGACAAGUCUGUCCAUAUCAACAGUGAAUCCAUGCAUUCUGAUCUGGCCAUGUCCCAGAAGCAAGGGCAGCCUUUACGCAUCAGAGUGACCCCAGACCACGAGAACAGCACGGCUACCUUGGAGAUCAGCAGUCCUUCUACUGAGGACCUCUAUUCCAGCUCCAACCUCAGCCUCAGUCCCACCCUGCAGGGCCACCAGAAGCCUCGAAUCACUAUCAUUCCCACCCACACCGCUGCAGCUUCAAGGGGAAAAGCCAGUGCCGGGCCAGGGGGACCAGAGAGGUCCAAGUCCCCGGUCACCGUCACCACCAUCUCCAGGGCCAAGUCACCAGAGAUCAGCAAGGCCUCCUCCUCAUCAGGCAGACCCAUAUCACCCAUAUCCAUCAUGACAGUUAGGGCUUCUAUGGUGUCCAAUAUGUCCACCUCCCCAGAGCCCCAGGAGAUGACCAUGGGCCGGGCCGUGUUCAAGGUGACCCCUGAGAAACAGAUGGUCCCCACACCGAUCAGGAAGUACAAUUCUAAUGCCAGUAUCAUCACCACCACAGAGGACAACAAGAUUCACAUCCACCUGCACGGCUCCCAGUUCAAUAAGAGCCCCUCGGAGGGCCACAGCAACACAGGACCCAAGGUGGUGGUUAGGCCUGUCGGCAUGGCAACAGAGUGUAGCAGAGAGAUGAUGUUAUCCACAGGCACGGUGUUGCGCUCCCCUCGCCAUAGUGCCACUGCUGUCAAAACCACACCCAGUAAAGUGAUGAGCAGCAUCACCAUCACUGCAGUCACGUCCACCCCUGGCAGACCAACACAAGCUGUGCAUGAUGCCCACCCACCCCGGGCAGGGCUCACCCGUAUCCCCAUGUCCAAGGGCCUGAAGACAGGCAAAGCCAUGCUGGGAGCCCUGGGGAUGUCUGGAGGAAUGAGGCUGGAGCAGAGAGCAGAAAGCCAGUCCAUGAGGAUAGAGCUGAAGAAAUCUACAAUCAGCAGCACAACAGCCUUUCAAAAUGGAGGGAAAAGCUGUUAGAGCCAGAGACACGAACAGGGAACAGAAGUCAAACAAGCUGCCAACCCAUAGUAAUGUUCUAUGGGUCAAAGGUGCUCAGUAUAGAGGCACCAUUAAAUGACCUGGAGACAGAGAGCGAGGGGGGAUUUUCAGACAAGGGAAAGUCGUUUGGCUCCUCUCUAUUGAGCAGGAGCCUGAGUUGAUGAUUGUGUUCUUGUCUAACUGAAAACAGUACACAUAUCUAAUAUAUUAUAUUUUUUAGAAACUAUUUAUAUUCUGUUCUCAGUGUUUGUAAUGUGGAUGAAAUCAACUGAACUGCGUUCUUUGAUAAGCGCUGGCAUGUGUGCAUUUUGUAAGGGGAGAGGCCGUGUGUAUUGUCAGGUAGUUCUGCUAUUAACUGCUUCAUGUACUCGUUAGGGGACUGCUUCACCUAGUGAGCUUUUCAUUAUGCAUUUUUGUACUGCAUUUAAUAUGGAGGCCAUAUCAUUUGGUUUGCAGCAAAUUAAAUGUGUCCUUUUUUAUGUAAAGGUUUUUAAAUAAACUUUUUUUUUUAAAGAUGACCUACAGAAUAUUGUUAUGAGAAUACAUGCAACAUUGAGUGGACAAUGUUAAUGUUCUCUAACAUUAUUUUGGAUGCAUUCUUUGGGCAAGGCAUCAGUUGAACCAGACUCACUAUAGUAAUUAAUUCAUCUCACAUUCAUCUACUGAAUAGGCAGUGUUUUUAUGGACUUGCUGUGUGUUAUGAAAUUGGAAAAUAUAUCAAAACAAAUGGCCGUAUACAUCAAUGCUUCUGCUGUGAUACACUGGAGAGCCAAAUUGUCACAGUCAUCUUUCAGUUGUGGAGCGCUCACUUGCCAUAGAGCAAUUCAAAUCAACUCGUUUAACAAGCUGCCUGUGUCUACAAUCACCAACCAUGUGCCCUCUGAAUGAAAGAAUCAUAUUGUUUCUAAUUUGCUCAAUCGACCAAUGAGAGAAUCAAACCAGUAUCAUUAGAUGGGUUUGUUGUGAGUCAAAGGGUAACUAGCCUGAGAACCCCUAUGGGAAAUGAUGUAUAGAAAUAUAGGAAUUCAAAAUGCGUCAAAAUAUAUUUUGUAAUGUCUAUGCCAUAAAUUAAAUAUCUCUACAUGUUUUAAAUGUGUAUAAAACAGACCUGCCUUUACAGUUUGUAACGUAACUCAAUGCACAAGCAAUGAGCAUUGUCAAUUAUAAUAGAACACAUUGAAUUAAUGUGAACAUGAUGAAACAAUUGAAAGAAACAUAAUUGUAAUACA